UGGAGGGACAUUGGAUGGCGUGAGGACCGAGGCCGGUGGUUGGUUUGAUCUGAGCCACGUGUGCGUCCAUCCUCGUCUCUUCGCCGCUUCAUGGAUGUGAUGAAACGUUGGCUUCCUCUACCACCCGGUCCCUUCUGUCUUGGCCCAGGUUUUUUGAAAUGAGAUGAUGUGCGAGUCCUUGAGGAAGAAAUCAGACAGCCUCAGUCCGUCAGUCUCCAGUGGGUUUACAGCUCAAUAACUAGUGUCAAGGUGUCUAUGAAGCAGGCAGACAGCUGCUCAGCAACAAACUGUGGUUGUUCUGAGUAGCUCCCAGGUAUGAAUUCCUUUAAGCGAAUGACUGUGAAGCAGAACAGAGAAAACUCCCACUGAGUACAUUCGAGUGAAAACACAGGAUCUACUGGCAAUGUCAUCGCUCUGCUCAGAGAUGAGGUUAACCCGGGGGUUCAGGCUGAGAAACAUGCUCUACCUCCACAACACAGGGCAGCCUUGAACUCUGCACCAUCACCCUCUCUAUCCUCAGCCAUGAGUGUCACAGUAAGCUGAUACUAUGUGAUCAACAGCACCGUGGCACCUAACAUCCUGCUGCUUCACCACCUCAAUAAAACCUAGCUGGACUAUUCAGUCUGUGUUGUGAAAAAUGGCAGAAGAGGGUUUUCAGCUCAGAGCCCUCAACUGCGCAGAGGACAACAAGCUCCAGCCAGCUGACUUCCCAACGUCAUCACUAGCAUCCCUCCAUCUCAGGGACGAAGCCGUGGUCAUCAACCAUAUGGGGGAUAAUCCUGAGCCUCAUUCUGUAUUUUCUGUGAUGACGUCAUCAUUGCCAAACCAAUCACGACAGCAGACAGACAUAUCCAUGGCUACUAGGCCUGAGCCUUCACCAGCAGUUCAAGAGUUCUUGGAGCCUGAGAUGGGCCACAACAACAGCGAGGCUCAGUCUCUCACCCUGACAGCGAUCCUGCAGGAUCUUUCCUCCCCUGAUCAUGAUGAUGGGUUUACUGCACGAAGAACCAACAAGGAAGGAGAACUUCAACCCAAGAACAACAUAACCAAAGCGACGGCAGCAUGUGACUCCAGCUCUGAUGACAACCAUCUGUCCGAUGCAGAGUGGUACUGGGGAAAUACCUCGAGAGAGGAAGUAAAUGAGAUGAUGAGAAACACUCCCGAUGGCACGUUCCUGGUCCGAGAUGCUUCCAGUAAGGUUAAGGGAGAAUACACUCUCACACUAAGGAAAGAUGGCUCCAACAGACUGAUAAAGAUCUUCCAUCAAGGGGGGAAGUUUGGCUUUUCUGAGCCACUGGCCUUUUCCUCUGUGGUGGACCUGAUCCAGUAUUACCAGAACAAGUCUCUGGCCCAGCACAACUCUAAACUGGACACACGGCUACUCUACCCCAUAACCAGAUACCAGCAGGAGCAGGUUGUGAUGGAAGUUGACAUUGAUGCAGUUGGAGAACAGCUGAGGAUAUUUCAGGAUCAAUACAAAGAGAAGAGCAAAGAGUAUGACUGUCUGUUUGAGACGUUUAACCAAACCUCCCAGGAGCUGCAGAGCAAGCAGACAGCCAUAGAGGCUUUCAAUGAAAUCAUUCGGAUCUUUGAGGAGGAGUGCGAGACUCAAGAACGCUACAGCAAAGAAUACAUCGACAUGUUCCUCUCAUUAGACAGCGAGUCAGACAAAAUUCAAAGCAAUUCAGAUGAGCUGCAGUCGAGGGUGGAGGAGAUACACAGCAGCAAGAAGAAGUUGGAGGAGGAGCUGAGGAAUAAGGCACUGGCUCACAUGGAGGUCGACAAGAAAAUGAACAACCUGAAGCCUGACCUUGUGCAGCUCAGGAAGAUCAGAGAUCAAUACCUGCUCUGGCUCACCCAACAAGGCACUAGACAGAGCCAGAUUAAUGAUUGGCUGGGUAUCAGGAAUGAAGAAGAAGACCCGUACACUCUGGCAGACGAUACCGACCAAGACGAGAGGAGCUGGUACGUUGGUGGUAUGAGACGCAAGGAGGCAGAGGAGCUGCUGAGAGGGAGGAGAGACGGGACCUUUCUAAUCAGAGACAGCCAGACUCAGAAAGGCUCCUUUGCCUGCUCUGUUGUUGUGAAUGGGGAUGUGAAGCACUGUGUGAUCUACAGGACAUCCACAGGGUACGGCUUCGCUGAGCCCUACAACCUGUACCCAUCGCUGAGAGAGUUGGUCCUCCACUAUCGACACACAUCCCUGAUGCAACACAACCAGCAGCUGAAUGUAACCCUGGCCUGGCCCGCUCUCAGCCAGCAGUCCAGCUGAGACACACCAGCAUGCCACCCUGAUGGCACUUUCCCAAAGCUUCACUGUAUUUUCACCACGGACGCACCAACAUGGACAAUGUUACCAGGCACUAACCAGUACCGGUUAGUGUCGUCACCAUUCAAGAGUUUCCAGAAACAAUUUCAGUGCUCAGAUCUAAAACUCCUACACUGGUAAGAUGUCACAGCCAACAAAAACACAUAACUGAACAACAGUCACUCAAAUGCUAAAUUACUUGGAACAGAUUUGGAUCUUUUCCACAGUUUUAACGUUGAUUAGUUCAUUCAUUGUCAGUUGUGUUAGUUAAAUACAAUGGUUACAUAUUGACUGCAGCUCUGUUCUAAUCUAAAUACUUUUAAAGCCAUUAUUCCUAAUAUUAACAAUCCUAUUUACUCGCCAUCUGCACAACCAGCUUGGAAAAACACAAUUGGGAUUAAGUACUUAGCUGAAUUCAACAUUGAAUUAAGUCUUGUGCAGCAGUACUGAGGUAGUACUGAAAUAUUGCCUCAUCAUGACAACACUAGUACUGAUGUUUAUAAGUAGAACAAUCAAAACAGAGAGAUAUAAUUUGCCUUGCUGUUUAACUAUAAAAAUGAUGGCAUAUUUCCAUGGAGAGAAAUUGAUUUAAGUUUUCUCUCAAAGGCAAGCGCAAGAAAUCAUAAAUACUUAAGAAGCAAAUAUUAAUUGUCUUACAGUAUUGAAGUCCUGUUCUCUAGAUGUGGCCACUCUUGCCUCAAACAUUUCUCAAAUA